GAAACUGAAAAGCACAGAGCUUCCGCGCAUUCGCAGCGCACUCUCUUCAACCCUAACAGAGGCGGUGGUGGAGACGACGACGACGACGACGAGGAUGCUUCUCCAAACUUCCGUUCACCACUGCAAUGUCUCUCUCUCCUCUUCAACUUCUUAUUCGCAUAAAUUGCCGCCUGUAAUUCAAUCUCAGGCUUUUUUCCGGAAUGUAAAUUAUCGGAGGCUUCCACUCUCCAUAACCUGCUCAGUUUCCCAAACUCAUAGCUAUGGAACUGUGGAUUUCGAGCGAAGGCCUAUGGUGAAAUGGAACGCUAUUUACCGAAGGAUAUCGCUGAUGGAAAAUCCUGAGUUAGGCUCUGCGAGUGUACUGAACCAGUGGGAGAACGAGGGCAAAAAGAUUACGAAAUGGGAGAUUUUUCGAGUCAUUAAGGAGUUGAGAAAGUACAGGCGCUAUGAGAGGGCUUUGGAGAUAUAUGAUUGGAUGAGCAAUAGAGGAGAGACAUUUAAAUUAACAGCUAGUGAUGCUGCUAUACAAUUGGAUCUUAUUUCAAAAGUCUAUGGAAUUGCGAGUGCUGAAGAUUACUUCGUAAGGUUGCCUAAAAAUUUGAAGGAUAGAAGGACAUAUGGAGCUCUUCUGAAUGCCUAUGUGAAAGCAAGACAGAGAGAAAAGGCCGAAUCUCUACUUGCAAAAAUGAGAACUAAAGGUUAUGCGAUUCACACGCUUUCGUUCAAUGUAAUGAUGACUCUCUACGUGAACUUUAAAGAGUACGAGAAAGUCGAGUCGUUAGUGUCGGAAAUGAUAGAAAAGGGCAUUCGCCUUGACAUUUACUCGUAUAAUAUAUGGAUAUCAUCUCGUGGAUUACAAGGAUCGAUUGAGAAAAUGGAAGAAGUGUAUGAGCGGAUGAAGCAAGACAGGACCAUCAAUGCCAAUUGGACUACAUUCAGUACCAUGGCCACGAUGUAUAUUAAGACGGGAAUGAUCGAAAAGGCGGAAGAAUGCUUGAGGAGGGUCGAAAGUAGAAUUGUUGGUCGGGAUCGAAUACCGUUUCAUUAUCUGAUGAGUUUGUAUGGUAGUGUUGGUAACAAAGAAGAAACUUAUCGAGUGUGGAAGGUUUACAAAACUAUUUUCCCGACCAUUCCGAAUUUGGGAUACCAUGCUAUAAUCUCUGCUCUAAUCAGGGCAGGUGACAUUGAAGGUGCCGAAAAAAUUUACGAGGAGUGGCUAUCCGUUAAGACAGCGUACGACCCUAGAAUUGCCAAUCUUUUCAUGGGGUGGUAUGUUAAGGAAGGCAUGUCGAGCAAAGCUGAGAGCUUUUUUAAUCACAUGGUUGAAGCUGGGGGAAAGCCAAAUUCGAGUUCAUGGGAGAUCCUCGCCGAUGGGCUUUCGAAAGAGGGUCGGGUUUCUGACGCUUUAGCUAGUUGGAAAGAAGCAUUUUCUGCCGAGGGUUCGAGGACUUGGAGGCCAAAGCACUUUAAGGUGUUGGCUUUCUUCAACCUCUGUGAGAAAGAAGGCGACAUCGCCAGCAAGGAGGUUCUUGUUGGAUUGUUAAGGCAGUCGAAAUGUCUUCAAGACAAAUCAUAUGUAUCACUCAUUGGUUUGUCGGACGAGACAAUCGAUAACGAUGUUGUUUCGGGGGAAGGUAGCAAUAUCGACGACGAAAGUGACAAAACCGUGUACGAGACCGAUGAUUCUGAGAUGCUUCUCGAGAUGUGACAGAUUCAAUGACAUUGUCAUCUAUCUAUGGUUUCUGGGAUUCGUAAUCAGAAAUUUGGAAAAUAUAUUUUUAUCUGCGUGUCGUCCUGGUACCGGUCCCGGUCCCGGUACUGGAGGGUUGAGAAUGAUCAUCAGUGGUUCAGUGUUGAAGUGUAGAGGAGGUGAGAGCAACUUGGGAUUUUGCUUUGGGGUGUGGGAGUUUGGUUAAACCCAAAGCUAUACUCAGCAGAGGUAUGUUUAUUUAGAUCUUUUUAUGAAUUUCUAAAUGUAACUUUCCCAGAUAGAAAUCUUGGCAUUUGCUGAAUAGGGUGGAAAUUUUAGUGCAAUUCCCUCAUGGGCGGCUUUGAUUAAUAGCUUUUAAAAAGUAUCGGUUUCCA